AUGCAAGCGAAAGAAAAUAAUAGUGGCAAUUCCCACCACCUUGGCUCAGAACAUAAUAGCGGCAAUUUAUUAACCGGCACAAGCACGGGUACCGAUGAUAAUAAUACAACAACAACCAGCGCAACAAAUACAAACAAUAUCAUUUCAAGGCAAUCGACUAUUAUAGAAGAAGGUUCUGAACAUCCAAAUCAGAAUAAAAAAAAGAAUAAAAAAAAAGAUCAAAAAGAGGACGAUCCAAAUAUUAAUACUCAACAGAAAUUACACUCACAAACCAGCACCAAUAACGACAAUAGUACCACUACUUUUGCGCCAAUAAAAUCAACACCCUCAUCAGAUCAACAAAAUACCGGUACGAUGGGUUCACUUUCUAAGAAAAAAAAAAGAAAUCAAAAAAGAAAUGCUUUUACUUCUUCUUCAACAUCUUCUGUCUCCUCAUUGUCAGCACCAACAACUACCCAAUCUACCGGUAAUCCUAUAAUUCCUACCACCAAUAUAUCAGUACCAUCGGACGCUAAUAACAAUGCCACUAAUACUGUGACAGAUAAUUUUAAAAACCCGUUUAGUAAUAGUACGAAUAUAAACACAAGCUUAAACCCUAACAAUACUUCUAGCAACAGCUCCAGCAGCAAUAUUGUCAAUAAAAUGAUAAACUUUACUACCGAUGAUAACAAUGGCACAUAUAUAGAUCAUAGACCUUCUAUAGUGUUAGCUGAAGAGAUUUUGAAAAAAAAAAAAAAAAAAAAGAAAAGGGGCACUAAUAACGAUAAUAAUAAUGAUAUUUCCUUCAGUAAAAGCAAAAAAAAAAGUAAAAAAAGUAGGAAAAAACACAAUCAAGAAGAGAGGGAAGAAAAUGAGGGGCAAGAUAAUAACAAUAACAUAUUUGCCUCUGAAAAUGCAAGGAGAUCGUCUGUAGCAUCGUUAAUGCUUAGCCAGCAUGUUGCAGCCAAUCCCAGCACCCCUUCUGACAACGAUAAAAACAGUAACAAACUAAAUUUAGAAAGAUCGCAUUAUGGUUCUUUGAAGAAAACAGAACCACUAAAGUUUUCUGUUGGAGAAAACACCAAUUACACUGGGAGCAAUUCACAAGUUGCCAGCAGCCAUAAAAAUAAGAGUAAUCAUGUGGUUAUUGACAUGAAGGACUUAAUGAGAAAAUUGAAGGGAAAGGAAAGAUACGAUUCUGCAAUGAGGUCACGUAAUAGAGAUGGUAGUGCUGGUUCACGCACUUCAUCUUUUUAUGGCGGAGAUCCUAGGAAUCAUUUUGUUGGCAAUAAUAAAAGAAACAACAGUCAUAAUGGCAAAAACAACACCAAUAAUGACAGUAACGAAAACGUUUUUUACGAUUCUGAUGUUGAUCAUUUCACAUCUAGACCACCUAGCAGGAGCGAUAGUGACAAUUCUUCUUUGGGUGAUGUUUGUUUACCGCUAAGUAGUGACGAUGAUUAUGGUUAUGAUUCUGAUGAUUUUGAUUUUAGUGAUGAUCAAAUAGACAAAAAUAUUGAACAUAACAUUGAUGAUACCACUGAUACCUGUACAAUCAAUAAUAAACCGUCCAAUACCAAUACAGAUGUUUCGGGCUUGGAUGUUGCUGGCGAUAAUGCCGGCGAUAAUGCCGCUGCUGCGGUUGAUAGUAACGUUACUGGGGCUAAUGAGAACACAGCUGGUGUUGAAAACAUUGCUGAUAAUACACCUGCUACAACUAAUAACGAUAAUAUUACUGGUGCCAGAAUUACUGAUAAUACUAAGGCUCCUAACACUGCUGCUAGCACCGCUACUAAUACUAAUGCUUCUGAUUCGUAUAACAAUACUGGUAGCAAUAACAAUUUUACAAGUACAACAAACGGCAAACAAAACACUAAUGGGUCCCGUCCAUUUGUGUUGAGAAGUAAGAUUCAUAAGAAGAAAGGUAACAGUGCUCCUAAAAAGCAAUGGCCUGAUGUUUCAGUUUUAGAAGAGUUUAGGAGAGAAGAAACAAGUAGAUUAAAACGCCAAGCAAUGGAUUAUAGUAAUAAAUUUUUAAAGAGAACCAGUAAUCUAGGUGAAAAUUAUGACGGGGAGAACAAUACCUUUAAUGAUAUAGAUGAACAGAUCCCCCCUUUUUAUGAUGAUGCUAGCAACCGUAAUAAUCAUGAUAAUAAUGUUAGUGAUGACAAUGCUACUGGGUAUACUUCGACUGUUAGUGAAUCAUCUAUUUCAGAAGAUUCGACUUCUGAAGCCUUAGAAACAGGUACUAACAGUAAUGAAAAUGUAAAAAGCGUUGAAGAACAGAAAGAAAGUGAUGUAAAAUUUGCUGGUAAGGAUGCUACUGCUGCUGCCGCUAAUACUGCUGCUGCCGCUAAUACUGCUGCUGCUACUAAUACCACCAACACUAAUGCUAUUAGUACUAAAACUACGGACAAUAAGAACAACGCCAUAAAUCCUAAACCUAAAAUAGCUAAUGGUAAACAAAAAAUCGAGUUCUCUUAUCCUAUAGUAACAAAUGUGGAUGUGCCUGAAUUGGAGAAUAAAAAGGUAAAUGAAACUGAGGUGUUUAAAAGCGGUCGAUUAAGACCCAAAAAAUUAAAACCUUGGGAUUGGAGACAACAGGGAGGACCCUCAGGGACUAGCAGGAUCACUUCUUCAACUAUUACAAAAUCUGUGAAUAAUAGAUGUCAAGAUUCAAAGAACAAUAAUGCUAUUCCUGGGUUAAACUCGAGUACUGGUGUUGUUCAUGCAAAUGCACAAGGAGUUACGACAAAUUCUGACAAUUAUUACACUUCGCCAGCACUUGCAAAUAACAAUAAUAAUGGCAUCACCUCUGAUCAGUUGAGUAAGAACAACAGAAUGAAUAAUUAUAUAGCCAAUGGCAGUGGGGGUGUUAUUCAGUAUCCACCACAAAUUAUAUCUAAUAACCCGGAGCAUUUUAGAUUUGCCUAUUUUAGGGAUGAUUUGGAUGCAACAGUACAUUCUCCGACCAUUUCGGGAUUGUUACAACCUGGGCAAACCUACGCUGAUUUGUUUAUUGGCUCUGUUUAUGCAAGAGAAACACAGCACGACAAUAAACACAACCAACCCAAUAAGAAUAUUGAAGAAAAACCUUUGGACUUUGAUGACAUUGCCCCAUUUUGGUUGGAUGUGUUGAACCCCACUGAAGAAGAGAUGAAGGUUAUAAGUAAGGCAUUUGGGAUUCAUCCGUUGACCACUGAAGACAUCUUUUUGGGUGAAGCUAGAGAAAAAGUAGAAUUGUUCAGACAUUAUUACUUGGUUUGUUUUAGAAGUUUUGAUAUUGUUGCUGAAAAACACAAACAAAAAUCAGCUUUGAGUAGUCACACUGUCGGCAAAUCGAUGAGUUCCUCUUCAACGGCUACUGGUUCCAGAAGAGGUUCGUAUUCAUCAGCGUCAUCCAAGUCUUCAUCCUCUUCCUCUCGUAACAAUAGCAAAUCGGGUCUAUGGAGAUCGUUCAUUUUUAAAACAUUUGGUGUUGGUAACAAAAAAAGAAAACAUCAUCAUUACCACUCUUCCUCGUUUGAAGAGCAUCAGGAAUGCUUAAAAAGACAGGAGCAGGAGGCAGAAGAAGAAGCAGAACGUCAACUACUAUACAAGAGGAAAUCCGGCGACAGACACAAACCAAGAGCAGGUGAAUUGGAGCCACUAAAUGUUUACAUCUUAGUUUUUCGCACGGGCGUAAUAACCUUUCAUUUUGCGCCAACACCACACCCGAUCAAUGUAAGAAGAAGAGCCAGACUGAUCAAAGAUUACAUUAAUGUUACUGCUGAUUGGAUUGCGUAUGCUUUGAUUGACGAUAUCACCGACGCAUUUGGCCCCAUCAUCGAACUGAUUGAAGAUGAGGUUUAUGAUAUUGAAAAUGCGAUAUUGAACAUGCAUCAUGGGGACGAUGACGACGGGGCUAGUGACUUCAGCUCAGAUAGUGACUCAGAUAGUGAUAUGGAUGAUAACUGCAAUGAUAGUGGUAGUAUUCACACAGUUUACAGAUCUAAAGGGAGGACAUCCACUGGGUUUGCUAGAUCACCUUACGAGUACACUAGCGCUACGAAGAGAAAUGCCAGUAGGAAAAGAAGUGGUUCGCAUUCCGACUCUAUCUUUAGCCACGGGCACCAUAGUUUAGGAAGCAAUGAUACUAGUUCCUAUAAAGUUUCUUCAUCAUCUUCUUCUGCUUCAAGCUCUUCGAUAUCUGAUAAAACGUUAAAUCCGAAUAUUAUUGGUUGGAAGCGUAAGGGGGACAUGUUAAGAAGAAUAGGCGAAUGCCGGAAGAGAGUCAUGAGUGUUUCUAGAUUAUUAGGUUCCAAAGCAGAUGUUAUUAAGAGUUUUGCGAAAAGAUGUAAUGAAGACUGGGAGGUUGCUCCAAAAAAUGACAUUGGAAUGUACUUGGGUGAUAUUCAAGAUCAUAUAGUUACCAUGGUUUCAUCAUUGAAUCAUUUUGAAAAAUUGUUAAGUAGAUCGCAUUCUAAUUACUUGGCACAGAUUAAUAUUGAUAUGACUAAAGUCAAUAAUGAUAUGAAUGAUGUCUUAGGCAAGAUCACGAUUUUGGGUACCGUUGUAUUACCUAUGAAUGUUAUUACUGGGUUAUGGGGUAUGAACUGUAUAGUACCUGGACAGAAUAUCAAUAAUUUGGCAUGGUUUUUCUCUAUUGUUGGGUUUAUGGCGUUAAUGGCAAUUGGUGCUUUUAUAUAUACCAAGAAAAGGUUUGGAUUUUGA